GCGCCGCAGACGGUGACUUGAAACCGGAGGGGGCAGGGUGUAGAGUGGAGACUUUGGAGCGACCCACAGCUGCCCGGCUUAACUCAACGUUUUGUGAUUUAAAAAAAAAAAAAAACACAUUUCAAAAAAAAAUAAGCUGAGGAGGCCCGUGUCCAGAAUGGCUGACAACUCCACUGGGAAGACCAAACGUGGCAAAGCAGCAAAGAAACUCCCCACACACCCCAAAUACUCUGAGAUGAUCAUUGGGGUGAUCACUGAUUCUGCCAGCCGCUCCGGCCUGUCCCGCCAAGCCAUCCAGAAGCUGGUCAAGAGUCAGUACAAGCUUGCGGACAAUGCUGACGGUCAGAUUAAGCUGUCGCUGGUCAAGCUGGUGACCAAGGGGGUCCUGGAGAAGACCAAAGGCGUGGGCGCCUCGGGCUCCUUCAAGAUAUCCAAGGGCGGCGAGCCCCAGAAGGCGGUCAAGAAGGUAAAGAAGCCGGUGAGGAAGACGGCCUCCCCCAAGAAGCCGGUCAAAGCCAAGAAGCCGACCAAACCCUUGACCAAGGCCAAAAAGACCAAGGUGCACAAAGCAGUGAAGAAGGCGGCAGGUGCAGCCAAGGGCGCCAAGAAAGCCAAGCCGGCAAAAACGAAGGUGUUAAAGGCCAAGCCGGUGAAGAGGGGAGCCAAGAAAGCCAAAAGCUCCAAGCCUCGUGCCAAAACCAGCGCAAAGAAAAUGGCUCCCAAAAAGAAAUGAAUGUGUCCAUUCAAACGAGUAGCAACACGGACUUUUAGCCAUUUUUGUAUAUAGUUGUUUUAAUUUUUUUAAUCAAAUUUUGUUUGAUCUUUUACUGGGGUGGAUGCAGAUGAGUAAUGAUAGCGUUGUUGACAUUUGCUAUUCUUUGUAGUCAUUGUCAUGUCAUGAUUUUAUGUACAACUUUGGUUAAUUGAGCUGAGGCAUGUAUUGGAAAGCAAAUUUCUUAUGAAUCCAAUUACCGUCCUUAAAUUUCAAAUAAAAAGAUAUCAACGCAAUAA